GUGGUGGCAGCGCUGGCGCUGGGGACCGGCUCGGUGGCUUCGGCAAACAGUUUGGCGCCGGCGGCCGCCAGCCUCACUCCGCAGCCCGCCCUCGACACGGCUCGCAGCCUCCUCGCCGCCGGCAGCCCGCAAUGUGGCCCGCCGUGCGGGUGUAGCAGCUGCGCGUGCGCGGAACCGCGGGGCCAUGAGCGAAGCCGGCGGCGGCCGGGGCUGUGGGUGCCGGGUCCCCCAGCGAGCGUCAUGGAGCCCGGUGGCAGCGACGGCCGCGCUCUGCCUGGUGUUGGCCACGUCCGUGUGCGCGGCGGGGGCCGCGCCCAUGAGUAGGGAAGAGAAGCAGAAGCUCGGAAAUCAAGUCCUGGAAAUGUUUGAUCAUGCUUAUGGCAACUAUAUGGAACAUGCUUACCCAGCUGAUGAACUCAUGCCUUUAACCUGUCGAGGACGUGUCAGAGGCCAGGAGCCAAGCCGGGGUGACGUAGAUGAUGCCUUGGGAAAGUUUUCCCUAACACUGAUCGAUUCUUUGGAUACGCUUGUGGUAUUAAACAAAACCAAGGAAUUUGAAGAUGCAGUGAGAAAAGUUUUAAGAGAUGUUAAUUUAGAUAAUGAUGUAGUUGUAUCAGUCUUUGAAACAAACAUCAGAGUUCUUGGGGGUCUUUUGGGUGGACACUCACUGGCAAUCAUGUUGAAAGAAAAAGGUGAAUACAUGCAGUGGUAUAAUGAUGAACUUCUCCAAAUGGCAAAGCAGCUGGGUUACAAACUCCUACCGGCCUUCAACACUACCAGUGGCCUUCCUUAUCCCAGGAUUAAUUUAAAGUUUGGCAUCAGAAAACCAGAAGCCCGGACGGGAACUGAGACAGACACCUGUACAGCCUGUGCGGGGACCUUGAUCCUUGAGUUUGCUGCUCUAAGUCGAUUCACCGGAGCGACAAUAUUUGAGGAAUAUGCAAGAAAAGCUCUUGACUUUCUAUGGGAGAAAAGACAGCGAAGUAGCAAUUUAGUAGGCGUGACUAUCAAUAUUCAUACUGGAGACUGGGUGCGCAAAGAUAGUGGAGUUGGAGCAGGGAUUGAUUCCUAUUAUGAGUAUCUGUUGAAAGCCUAUGUCUUGCUUGGAGAUGACAGUUUUCUGGAAAGAUUUAAUACACACUAUGAUGCCAUAAUGAGGUAUAUUAGCCAGCCACCACUCCUACUUGAUGUGCAUAUUCACAAACCGAUGCUGAAUGCUCGGACCUGGAUGGAUGCAUUGCUUGCCUUUUUUCCAGGUUUGCAGGUUUUAAAGGGUGAUAUUAGGCCUGCUAUUGAAACUCAUGAAAUGUUAUACCAGGUGAUUAAAAAGCACAAUUUCCUACCAGAGGCAUUUACUACAGAUUUCAGGGUCCAUUGGGCUCAGCAUCCUUUAAGGCCAGAGUUUGCAGAAAGUACCUACUUCUUAUAUAAAGCUACAGGAGACCCUUACUACCUUGAAGUAGGGAAAACACUCAUUGAAAAUUUGAAUAAAUAUGCUCGAGUGCCUUGCGGCUUUGCUGCCAUGAAAGAUGUUCGCACGGGGAGUCAUGAGGACAGAAUGGAUUCAUUUUUCUUGGCUGAAAUGUUUAAAUAUCUCUACCUGUUAUUUGCUGACAAAGAAGACAUUAUUUUUGACAUAGAAGACUACAUCUUUACAACAGAAGCUCAUCUAUUACCUCUCUGGCUCUCUACCACAAAUCGAAGCAUCUCGAAGAAGAACACAACCUCAGAAUACACAGAACUGGAUGAUAGUAAUUUUGAUUGGACUUGUCCAAACACGCAGAUUCUUUUUCCUAAUGAUCCAUUGUAUGCUCAGAGCAUCCGUGAACCCUUGAAAAACGUGGUGGAUAAGAGCUGUCCCAGAGGCAUCAUCAGAGUAGAGGAGAGUUUGAGAAGUGGAGCUCAACCUCCUCUGAGAGCCAGAGAUUUUAUGGCCACUAACCCUGAACAUUUAGAAAUCCUGAAGAAGAUGGGGGUGAGUUUGAUUCACCUCAAAGAUGGGCGAGUCCAGCUGGUCCAACAUGCAAUCCAAGCUGCUAGUUCAAUUGAUGCUGAAGAUGGGUUGCGGUUCAUGCAGGAGAUGAUUGAGCUGUCCAGUCAGCAACAGAAAGAGCAGCAGCUACCUCCACGAGCUGUACAAAUUAUUUCCCACCCGUUUUUUGGCAGGGUAGUCUUAACUGCUGGACCAGCUCAGUUUGGGCUGGAUCUAUCUAAACACAAAGAGACAAGAGGAUUUGUUGCAAGCAGUAAACCAUAUAAUGGUUGUUCAGAGCUCACUAACCCUGAGGCAGUGAUGGGAAAAAUUGCCUUGAUACAAAGAGGACAGUGCAUGUUCGCAGAAAAGGCACGCAACAUCCAGAAUGCUGGAGCCAUUGGUGGCAUCGUUAUUGAUGACAACGAGGGGAGCAGCAGCGACACCGCCCCUCUGUUCCAGAUGGCGGGGGACGGAAAAGACACGGACGACAUAAAGAUCCCCAUGCUGUUCUUGUUCAGCAAAGAAGGGAGCAUCAUACUGGAUGCCAUCCGGGAGCAUGAAGAGGUGGAGGUGCUCCUCUCCGACAAAGCGAGAGACCGAGAUCCUGAAAUGGAAAAUGAUGACCAGCCAUCUUCUGAAAAUGAUUCUCAGAAUCAAAGUGCGGAGCAGAUGCUGUCACUUCCUCAGACAGUUGACUUGGUUGAUCAGGAGACCCCUGAAAACCCUCCAGAGUCUGACUCAGAGUCACCCUCUCCAGCAGAAACUGAAGAAGCUGCCAGCGUUGCCCCUUCUGAACAGAUAUCUAGUUCCACAGAAAGCCAUGAGACUACAAGUCUUGAUGGUGAAUGUACAGACUUAGAUAACCAGCUUCAAGAACAAUCAGAAACUGAGGAAGAUUCCAGUCCUAAUGUCAGCUGGGGUACAAAGGCCCAGCCUAUAGACUCCAUAUUAGCAGACUGGAAUGAAGACAUAGAAGCAUUCGAAAUGAUGGAGAAGGAUGAACUAUGACUCCACAAAGACGCUGGUGGUAGAUAUUUAAAAAGAAGCAGUAAACUGUGGUUUUUGACACCCUAUAUACCAAGCAGGCUCUCCUGGGAGGCUCUGAGCUUUGCUCAAGCACAUUCUGACUGGGGUAAGUAGUUACCGUAGGGAACUGGAGCAUGCUGUGUUAGAGCUGACCUGACUGAAACUCUUCCAUGCAAAGUGGAAACUCACAGCCCCUCAAAUGAUGGUAUAUUACAUACCCUGCAGCUCCCAGGUCA